CAUUGUGAAUGGAAACAAAAGGAAUAAAAAUUAUUUGAAAUUACAAAUUAAAAUACAAAAAUGUCAGAAUUUACUGAUUUCGAAGAACUUUCCAAACACAUAUAUAAAAACUAUAAAGAACAUGAGAAAAAUAUUAAAGAGAAUAGAGUUAAAACUUCAAUAAUUAGUCUCUCCGAUUUUUAUGAAGGUUAUCAGCGAGAAAUCAAGGAAAUAAAUUCGGAGAUUACACCUUCGAGAGACAAUCCUAAAGUGACUGACUUUGCAGACAUAUUUAAAACAUUUGAGGAAUACCCAUCUAACUUGCAGAAGCCAAAGCGCCAGCCUACCAGAGAGCAACUGCAGCGUAUGAAUAGUACUACGGCACGGGAUAUGACCAUAAUGAUAAGUUCGAGUGAACAAUCACCUUGCAGCACGUCGCUGCAGAAUUUAAUACGUAGCACAGCAGAGCUGCCUUCAGCAUCGGAAAUCUAUACCGACUUUAGAAAGUUUCAGCAGAAACUCGCACAAUUUUUAGCCGAAGUAGAGCAACAUGAAUGUGUAAAGUCAUAUGAAAGUAAAUUAGACCAAUUGUGUGCAUUUGGUAAACAAUUGGAGAAACUACGCCCAACUACGAAUAAUUCCGGACCAGCAUUCACGGAGCAAGAGGAAAUAAAGCUUCAAGCUAUACUUACCCAUCUAGAACAGCUUAAUUAUAUACGUGAAAACCAAGAAAUAUUCUCGAAUGGUACUCUUACAGUGAAUGGACAGUCAGCGCGUAGUGAGAGCUUCAUGAAUUUAAUAACAUAUUUAUUUAAUACUGUUUCUAAUAUGUAA